GAUUUGGUCCCAAACAGAAACAGGUUGAUAAGAACCUCACCAAGAACCUACCACAAUCCCUGCGUGUUGCAAGAAAAAAUUGGCACCUGAUUCAAUCCCCUCACUGCGCAAGCUAGAUCCAUGCUUUUCUUGCUCUCAACUCACUUUUAAGGAUCAGAAGUCUAGUUUAACCUCACCUUUCCUAUUGAGAAGUCAGUGAAAGAAGUGAAAGCACGGCAUGAAUAGCGCUGGGUCACUCAAGUCUUCAAGUUCUGAAUUGGAUCUUGAUCGACCCAACCUUGAGGAUUACCUGCCUUCAGGAGUCACCAUUCAACCAGAACCUCAUGGAAAGCUUCGCCUGCAUGAUUUGCUUGACAUUUCUCCUACUUUAUCUGAGGCAGCAGGUGCUAUUGUAGAUGACUCAUUCACGAGAUGCUUCAAAUCAAAUCCUCCAGAACCAUGGAAUUGGAAUAUUUAUUUGUUUCCUUUGUGGUGUUUUGGCGUUGUGAUUCGAUAUUUGGUUCUGUUCCCAUUAAGGGUUCUAGUGUUAACAAUAGGAUGGAUAAUAUUUCUUUCAUCCUUCAUUCCAGUGCACUUCCUAUUGAAGGGACAGGACAAGUUGAGGAGAAGUAUUGAGGUGCAUAUUCAACUUAUUCUUUCUUCAUUGCCUUAA